AUGGAAGCAAAACCUCGAGUUCUUGAUUUUACUGAGCUAAUAAACUCGAGAAUAGGAAAUGCAUCGUUAAACAAUUCUGGAAACGCUGCGUAUUGCCGUCCUGAUUCUUUGGAUAAACAACUGGUACGUGGCAAGAUCGUAGUGUGUGAUUAUGGUGCUGAUUUUGGUCCAGCUUUAGGAUUGACUGUCAAGAAAUCCGGUGGAGUCGGUGUUAUUGUUGCUUAUGUAAAACCUGAUUUUUUAAUGGCUGAAGCUUAUUUAACUCCAGGAUUGUCCAUCAGUUCAUCCAACCGUCAACUUCUUUUUGAUUAUAUGUUUUCCACUGCUAAUCCUAGGGCUACGAUUCAAUUCCGGGGGACUCAGCUAGGGAUCAAACCCGCACCAGUAGUAGCUGAUUUCUCAUCUCGUGGGCCCAACAAACAAUCGAGGUAUGUGAUGAAGCCAGAUGUCAUUGCACCAGGUGUCGACAUCUUAGCGGGCUGGUCCCAACUCAAUCCUCCAACUAGAACACCAGAAGAUAAAAGACGCACAGAGUUUAACAUAAUAUCGGGUACGUCAAUGGCAUGCCCACACGUGUCAGGUAUUGCUGCUCUCCUCAAAGGAAUGAACCCUGAUUGGUCACCAGCCAUGAUUAAAUCAGCCAUCAUGACUACUGCGUACACACACGAUCGAGAUGGCAAUCCAAUUCUAGAGGAACCGUUUUACAGUACGAGUACACCCUGGGAUAUGGGAUCCGGACACUUGGAUCCACAAAAAGCUCAAGAUCCUGGUCUUGUAUAUGACAUCACUUCCGAUGACUACGUGGAGUUUUUAUGUGCGUCCAAUCUGACAAAGAAAGACAUAAAGAUAAUCACACGUAGAUCAUCAGCUGAGUGCGAGUCUACUUUAAACCCAUGGGACAUCAACUAUCCUGCAAUUUCUGUAGCUUUUGAAGCAUCCAAGCCGUAUAUAAAGAUGAUUGUAGUGAAGAGGACAAUGACCAACGUUGGGGAUGAAAUGUCAAACUACACUGUCGCAGUCAACGGUCCGAAGGGUGUAAGCGUGACCGUUGAUCCUCCAGAAUUGGUAUUCAAAUCCAAAGGUGAAAAAUUAAGCUAUAUGGUUAGGAUUGUGCCAUACAAAGUGCCAAGUUUGAAAUAUAAGAGUGAGUUUGGGCAUUUUGUUUGGUCUGAUGGGACGCACUAUGUUACUUCUCCUUUAGUGGUGACUUGGCAUGCAUAA